AUGUCUGAGUUGAUUGAGAAGUUUAAUUCGUUGUCAAUUGAGCAGCCAGCCAGCCUGUCGAGAGAACAGGAGGCUCAGGCAGCUCAAUGGAGGUCUAUUGUGAAAAAGGGUAGCUUGGCAAAGGAUUUGGACGAGCUGAAUUUGUGUCUGAGGGAUAACAGCUUUAUCUUGUCUACGGUGAAGCCAUCCGGCGUGGAUGUGGAGGUGUUUGAAGUCGCUUUGCCUUUGGUGAAGGAGUUGACGUUCAGCUCCAAGGACGUGAAGGCUACUUAUGCUAGAUACAGACACGUCCUGAGGUGGAUCGACUUCCUGCAGAGGUUGCUGGAUGUUCCCGAGAGCGAGCAGUUGAAGAUUAACUACGACUUGGAACUGCCACACGAGGUCGUCGAGAAGAAGAAGAAGGGCGGCGAGGCGGAGAAGAAGGAGCAGCAGGCGCAGCAGGCGCAGCCGGAGAAGCCCAGAGGUAAGCCAGACGAGGAGACCUUGAAGAAACUGAGAGAAGAGGCCAAGGCCAAGAAGGCCGCGAAAAAGGCCGCCGCAAACAGCCAGCCGCAGCAGAAGCCGGAAUCCGAGAAACCAAAGCCCUCAGCGAUCGAUUUCCGCGUCGGCUUCAUCCAGAAGGCCAUCAAGCACCCAGACGCUGACUCGCUGUACGUCUCGACCAUCGACGUCGGCGACGCCGAGGGUCCAAGAACCGUCUGUUCGGGUCUGGUCAAGUACUAUCCUUUGGAGGCGAUGCAAGAGCGUUUGGUGGUUUGCGUCUGCAACUUGAAGCCCGUCAACAUGAGAGGCAUCAAGUCGUCUGCAAUGGUUCUGUGUGGUUCUGACGAAUCCAAGGUCGAGUUUGUGGAGCCUCCUGUAGGCUCGAAGGCCGGUGACAAGGUGUUUUUCGAAGGCUUCGGCGACGAAGAGCCAUUGAAACAGCUAAAUCCAAAGAAGAAGAUCUGGGAACAGCUGCAACCUCAUUUCACCACAGACGAGCAGCUGCAGGUGAUCUUCAAGGAUGAAGAAGACAAGGAAAAGCCAGUCAGAAAGUUGACUAACGCCAAAGGCGACUCCUUCAAAGUGGUUUCGUUGGUUGAUGCCCAAGUUCGUUAA